AUGGCGUCUCCCGCUCCGGCUCCUCAACUCGCACACGCUGCGAAUAGCACACCGAAUCUUGAACUCGACGUAUCCAAACUGCACGCCCUUCCCACCGAGCAGCAGGACCUGUAUUUAUUGACCUUCGUAUCCGACCUUCAACGUCAUGUGGAGCAAUUAUCGGCGGAGGCUUUACCUUCACAUCAACCCUCCAUCAAGAAGGAAGUCAUCAAGAUUGUUGGCCUGGGGGCUCCAGUACCGUCUCGCGUGAUCCGAAAUACAUUGGGGAGGAUCCUGGCCGAUGCAUUCGGGCGAGGUAGCCGAAAUUUUCUCUACGAAACUAUCAAUGACCUGUUAACCAUCUUGAACACUGGAAAGACCGAUAAAGAGUUGGGUAUCAAACAUGCGGCCGUAGUCUGCCUGGGGGCUCUUUUUCGCUCCGCCGGGGACAGUGCUGUCAGCCUCUCAGGACUUGUGGUCUCGACUCUACUCAAGCUUUUGAAAUCAUCACACACAGGAGUCAGAGGAUGUGUCUUCAGAGCACUGGGAGGAGUGAUACUGGGCAUACAAUCCAGCCUGGAUGAGCACGUGGCUCGGGACAUAUGGAAACAGGCUCGAAAUGCCGCGACAAAUGAAAAGUCUUCGUUCGUUCAAAGAUGUGCAUGUUCUUGUAUCCGCAGCCUGGCCAGGGAGACACCAUAUUUCAAUAAUUCCAACGACUUCGACAACCUCAAAUCGACCAUCUGGAAGGUAUUUGACAGUCCGGUGCCCUCUGUGAGGCAUGCCGCUGCAGGUGCUAUGGCGGCGACCUUGAACCAGGCAUAUUCUGAGAGUGGUAAUGCCGACGUUCCAGUUCUACGCAAACCCAAAAGGUCCAAGAAACCAGGAGCUGAUUUGGACGAGGACGUCGAGAACGAACGGCCAGGUUCACCUGCGCCGGGUCAGGUCAAGGCUUCUGUACGAUUGAUGUUUUCCCUCAAUGAAGUCUUGCGCGUUCUCUCCCAUCAAUAUUGCAAAGCAGCCACCACGAACAGGGCUCGCGCCGCCAUUGCAAUGUGUUACAAAUAUCUUCUCCGCUUACUGCCUCGCAAAACCCUGGAGGAGAGUUAUGCCACUAUCGCGGUGCAUACGUAUGCCGACCUGCUAAACCAUCCAACUAUUUCAUUCAAUCGAUAUCGGUUGCUACUCACCAGGAAACUUGUCGAAUGGAUCCUCAUGAGUGUUACCUGCCUUCUCACCGAAAACGCCCAAAUCAAUGCGGCACGUUAUCUGAUCAACGAUGUCCUCAAGGACUACCCCCAAGUUAUGCCAGAACGACGAGAGCCUUCGAAGCGAAUUCUCACUGGAGCUUUGGCUACAUUGACCGAUUUGCUGUUGAGGCUGGGACCGGCUAUCGGCGUGUUCCAGGACUCUUGCAGAGAAGCACUUUUUCAAGUGGUACAACAUCCAAGCCAUACGGUCCAGAGCCAUGCCGCCCAAUGCUUCAAAGUCUUUGUCUUUGCUUGCCCAAGUCAACUUGUACGCAGCAUCGAGCACGCCAUGUCACAACUUCAGAAAGAGUUUCAGCCUUCUUCCGAAGCGAAACAACCCCAUCGCAAGUCACUUGGCUAUGCAAUGAGUAUCGCGGUCAUGAUUAGUUCCGCCCGUCAAAAGCCGCUCUACGGUUCGACCCAGACCUAUUCCAACAUUUUUGCCUUCGCAACAGACCUUUUGAAGUCAAGUGCAGCCGCCGAAUUACGGUUAUCGGCAUCCCAAGUCCAGGUUGCUUGGACAUUGAUUGGUGGCCUCAUGAGCUUAGGACCAAGUUUCGUCAAAGUACAUUUAAAUCAGCUUAUGCUACUCUGGAGGAAUGCGCUACCUCCUCCAUUAACGCACGAAAACGCCGCCAAAAGAGGACACUUGGAAUUGAGUUUCUUAUCCCACGUUCGCGAAUGCGCUCUUAGCGCGUUACUCUUGUUUCUUUCUUCUUGUAGCGGCCUGGUCACCACAGACGGAUCCAAACGUAUUUCGACAUUGCUCCACAACACGAUACUCUUCCUGGAAAGUCUCCCUCCGGCUCGAGAAGCCGAAGACCUAUCUCAUCGUUUGAUCCCGGCACUUCAAUUACGGGAUUUUGCCAUCUUGCUUCGAAGGCGUGUGCUUCAAUGCUUUACCGCUUUAGUGAGCUUGAGGAGUCUUGAACAGAGCGAAAUUGUGUCGCAUUCAGAUUUGAUAGGCCUCACGAUGCGGACAUUCACUGACCCCGAACGUCCAAUCCUGAAAAACCUUGAAGCGUCGUUGGCAAAUUCAGCAAGCAAUUUUGAGGGACUCUGGUCUACCAACGACAAUUGGAGUUUUGGCGUAAGCAGCCUAGCAGAGAAUUUCGACAAGUAUUUACCAUUCGAGAAUCAUCUUCAGCCAAGCGACGAGUUGGCGACUGAACAAGAAGUUUCUGUUCCCGACAUUGUGAUUCGGUCUCCAGCACUUCCAGCAAUUGAACAUGAUCCAAUUUUGAUCUCUCGGCCAAAAGAUCUUUUGGAUGAAGCCGAGAUAAGCUCAUCGGCGACAUCUUGCGUUAAUUUGGCAAUCAAACUCUUUGCCAUAUCCUUACCACUGCAAUCCCCCCGAAUCCAAGAGAGCACUGUUGAACAACUGAUUACCGCCGUCUCCCAAACACUUCAACGAGAACCGGGCCGAAAGGCUGCGAUGCAGGUCAACUCCGCUUUAGCCCUAUUGUGUGCGCUUGCAGUCGCAAAUAACGAAACGCCCUAUGUCCCUGGCAAGUUACAUGUUGGCGCGGUUGGUCAAGUCAUAAUUGAGCUGUUGGGAAAGUAUAUUUUGAAUCCAGACCCCGUCUUGCGACACAUAGCUGCUCGUGCCAUUGGCCGGAUUUGCAAUCUUGCCGGCACUCAAUUCACCAAUCAGGAGGUCAAAUUCCUCAUUGACACAAUUGUUGCCAAUCGAGAUCCCAAUGCCCGUGCUGGAUGUGCACUUGCUCUUGGGUAUAUUCACUCCGAAGUCGGGGCCAUGGCAGCCAGUCUACACAUCAAAUCUAUUGUCGGUGUUCUCCUAUCGUUGUGCAGCGACAGUCACUCUAUUGUACACUUUUGGGCCCUCAAGGGGUUGGUCCAGGUUGCUGAAUCCGCCGGACUAGCAUUCUCAACAUAUGCCACGAGCACUCUUGGGUUGUUGGCCCAACUUUACUCAAACGACACUCACAAUGAGGAAUCCGCGUCUGUGGCCACAUCCAGCCUUGAGCUCGAACUUUUUACACCCCUCGCCCUGGCUCAGUGUGUGGACAGUAUUAUCAAUGUGUUGGGGCCUGACUUGCAGGAUAUCUCUAAGGCUCGAAACUUGAUCCUCGUGUUGAUAGGGUACCUGCAACAGGAAGCUUCGGCACGAUUGCGCUAUGAAAGUUAUCAAUGCCUCCGCCAUCUGUCAAUGUACGCACCGGCACAUCUCCAGUUUGCCAAGUACGUCCUGGAUUUACAGGUAAAUCUUGCAUCUGAUGAAGAGCUGCUUCAGUCUGCCUCAAUAAAGGGACUCGGUGAAUUGAUGAAAAGAAAUGCUUCCGAAGUAGCGCGGGUCGCAACUUCGAAGCUAAGUGAUGACUUAUGGACGCGUCUCGAUGAUCAUCCUGACAAUCGGGCGCUACAAGCAAUGCUACAGAACUGGAUGCAGCAAACGAUUCUUGUUGACACAUCGGAAUGGAUCGAUAAAUGUCAAAGUAUACUUUCCCGAACCAGAACAAAAGCUCAAGCUCCAUCUCGUGUGGCCACGGCCAAAACGGCUGUGCCUGAUCUUGCGGACGAAGAAGUCGCUGGUUUUGCUGCUGCCGCUGCCGCCGCGCAAGGAGAGGCACCGGAUACCGCUCUUGAAGGUCAAGAGUUUUUGCGUUGGCAAACUCGAGACUUUGCGAUGCGUCUGCUUAGCGAUUCAAUAGACGUCAUUCAAGCGGCAUUGUCGCCCGAUCGGGUCAUUCCUGCCGAAGAAGCGUUGCAAAAUAAGGUUGCUGAUGUGGUUCGGGUAGCAUUUUCAGCCUCUACCGCCAAUGUUGUUGAGCUCCGCAUUUGGGGUCUUCGAAUCAUCGAUCAGAUCUUGAAAUUGUUUGGCAAGACACCAGAUCCAGAUUUUCUCGAAGCAUCCCUCUUGGAACAAUAUCAAGCACAGAUCAGUUCAGCUCUGACACCAGCCUUCGCAGCAGAUUCAUCACCAGAACUAGCUGCCGAGGCCAUUGGGGUUUGUGCUACAUUCGUUGCUACUGGAAUAGUGACCAAUGCUGAUCGAAUGGGACGUAUUUUUAAGGUCCUUGCCAUGGGAGUAGACAACCUCACCCAACCUGCUCCAGAACCCGCAAUUGGUGAUAUAAAAAAUCUUAGUCCUAAUGCACAGGCGAUGCUGAAGAUGGCUAUUCUGUCCGGUUGGGCACAAUUGCAACUGGCCAGUCAUGAGCAACCCUAUUUGGAUGAAAUUCUGCAACCCUUUAUUCCCCAACUCGCUCCACUUUGGCUCACUUCGCUUCAAGAAUUUGCUGGCCUGCGAUUUGAACCGGAAAUUUCGGACACACUUGCCGGCGAGAUUGCUGGGGGAAAUCUAGACGAACGGUACGCGUCCUUCAAUCGAGAAGUCCGCCUCAAAUUCUAUCAGAAGAGCUGGCUGAGCAUUGUCGAUGCGAUUGCCGUCCUUGUGGAGAAAGACAGUGACUCCGUGUUCGACGCGCUCGACAACAAACGUGUUUCGUCCGGCGAUGGACCGGCCAAUGGUGCUAUUCAGCAAGGAAGAGACAUGAGUUUUCGUGAGGAGCCGGUGGCAUUCUUUUUCAUCCUAUUUGGAUUAGCAUUUGAGGCAUUAGUGACUCAAGCUCGAGAAGAUCCGUCUCAAGCCUUGUCGAUUUUACAAGCUCUCAGAAAGAUUUUGACACCCGAAGUUUGUGGAAAUGCUAUUUACGAAGAAGCAGUCUUCAAUGAGACCACCGACACUCUUGAUCGUCUGGCCCUGACGAGCACAAGAGAGACACAGAGCGUUCUGGUUGAAAUUGCCAGGAAUCUAUCACUGGAUCACCUAGCUGCUAAAAGUCACGAUCGAGAUGAGAAACUCUCGGACGACAUCGAGCAAUUGUUCGAGUUGACGAGAAUUAUCAUUUUGGUCUUGACAGGUCUCAUCCCCACACUGGAAGAUCCGCCUGGUCCGGCCUUCCGGAGACUGGGAGACGAUGGGAUUGCUCUUGUCCAGCUAUCUUUCCAGGCUCUGGUCGAUGUUGCCGCGGUGUUUCCGUCCAUUAUUCGGGCUGAUCUACACGCUUGCAUUUUCCACAGCUAUUGUACCAUCCUUGCAACGGGGAUUUGUCAAGACGAGGUGUUACCGCGUAUCAUGCCAAUCUUUAAAGCCUUCUUGCAGGACGUUACCCGCUCAGCAUCUGAGGAAGUAGCAUCCAGAUUACUUCGGGGAUGCUUAUAUCGCAUGUUGGCAACCUUGGCCAUUGCCCAACGCCGAGAUAAUGAACAUUCUAUAACGUGCGCAAAGAACACACUGUUGUCGAUGACAAUCUUGCUCACGACAGCAAGUUUUGCCAUUCCAGCCAACGAUGAACUUGUUACCAAAGCAGUGGCGGAAUUACUAGAUUGUCUUCAAGAUGUCGGACUCGCCAAAAUUGCAGCAGGUUGUAUGCGAUCACUGUUAAUGACGAAUCCCAAACCGGUAUGCGAAGAGAAAAUUGGGAAAAUCCUUUGGACACGGCUCGUUCCAUUUGUAAGCAAUCCCGAAGCUGAGGACCCAGAAAGCGUCAAAACGUCACUUACCCAAGCCCUCGUGGCCUCAGUGGCGACCAUCAAAGGACGUGGUCGAUUUGCUGCCAUGUCGAUUUUGGUACCGGUUCUCCUGCUCCGUGCUAAGCAAGUUUCACCGGCCAGCAGCUUAGAGAGUAUGCGGAAAGAGAGUGGUACGAGACUACUUGAGCUUGUUGCAGCCGAUCAAAUCGCUUUCAAAGUGACGGUGGGACUACUGAGUGAGGAUCAACGCUCGGAAUUGGAAAGCCUGCUGAGAGCAGCAGGAGUGGGAAGGAAACAGGAGACCAUCUCUUCAGAUAAUGUGGAUACAAAGCCUGCCAUUGAGUUGCGGAUGGAUUUUGGAUGA